AUGGCCGACAACUCCAAAUUCACCAUUCAAAAUCUCUUCAAUGUCGAGGACUACGUCUGCGUCGUCUCAGGGGGCGGCACCGGCAUUGGCCUCAUGAUCGCGCAGGCGUUUGCCAACAACGGCGCCAAGGUCUACAUCUGCGGGCGCCGCACCGAGGUAGUCGAGCAGUCCGCCAAAACGUGGGGAGCGACGCUCAAGCACCCCAAGGGACAGCUCAUCCCGAUGCAAUGCGACAUUACCAGCAAGGAAUCGAUUCAGCAGCUCGUGAAGGAGAUAGGAAAGAACGAGAAAAAGGUUGAUUUACUCGUCAACAACGCAGGUAUCAGCAAGGGUUCGACCGAGGUCGAGCGCGGUGACGAGUCGGCGAAGGAGCUUUCGGAAGAGCUGUUUGGCGAGGAGAUGAAGAACUGGGAGGACGUGUACAGGACGAAUGUCAUUGGGUAUUUCUUUAUGACGAGCGCGUUUAUCCCUCUCUUGUCUGCCGCUGUUUUGAAGAAGGAGGGCGUUCCCCAGUACACGUCAUCCGUGAUUAACAUCGCGUCGAUUUCCGGAAUAACGCGUACCAGCCAACACCACUUCAAGUAUAAUGUCUCAAAAGGGGCCGCCAUCCACCUGAGCACGCUGCUCGCACAGGAACUCCGGAGGAAGGCCGUCCAAGUCCGGGUGAACAACAUCUCUCCAGGCAUCUUUCCGUCCGAAAUGACCGCCAAAGAAUCGGACGAGCUUAACAAAUCCGCCAUCGAUCAUCAGGGUGGCAAAUGGGCUGAUCAGAAGGGUAUUCCGGCAGGCAGACCCGGCCGCGACGAAGACAUGGCACAGGCUAUUAUCAUGCUGGCAUGUAAUCAAUAUGCAUACGGACAGACCUUGGCUAUCGACGGUGGAUAUCUGCUCGAGCACCCUUAA